AUAAAAUAAGAAGAGAGGGGCUUCAAGAUAUUUGUAGCCACUGUAAUUUUUAUUGAUUAUUCUAGUCAUGGUGUGUGACUGUAAUAGUAUGUAGUACGUCAUGAAAUAAAAUAAGCUAGUUUUCUUUUUUCAUUAAAAUGUAAGAAAGACGUGGCAUCAGAUGCAUUUUCCUCUGGAACACUCUUCAAAUUCGUUUGCUUUAUGAUGGUAGUAUAUUUGAGAAACACCAAGAAGGAACAUCCAAUCUUUCUCAUUCUCAUCAUUUACAAGCUCUAUUUACUAAUUUAAGUUUCUGAUGUGUCACAAGUACUACAACCUCCCAGAACCCUCCUAGACCCUUCUCCAACUGUCCAAACUCAAAGGUUUCCAACUCAUCCUCUACCCUCUUUAAAUUCCGCCACUUGUUCCUAUAUGCCUCUCAUCUCAACGGCAAAUCCAGAACAAAACAACACCCGAAAAAAAAAAAAAAAAAAAAAAAAAACCCACAUCACCAUCCCUCCUAAUAAAGCUGCUUUCCCUCUUCAACUUACAACACCAGCUUUGUCAAUGGCUUUGACGCGUUUGGCUUUGAAGAAUUUCCACCAAAAACUGUUAUCUUUCACAUCUACUGCUAGUGCUGCCGCUUCUUCUCUGGGUCGUGGAUCCGUAAUAAGUGAGAAGGCCGUCAAUGGUGGCCUGCAAAAACAGAGAUACUGGGCAACCAAUGAGUUCGUGAAGGGGUUUGCCACGGCUGGCAGUGAUAAAGUUUCGGAUGAGAAAUCAGGUGAGAGCAAACAAGUUUCAGUCACUGAAGGUAAUAAAAAGUCGUCUAAGCUCUUCCCUAGAAGACGCCAGAGGAGGGGACUUUGGAGGAGUACCGACCGCAACUUUGUACCUGCACUUUAUGAAUUCUUUCCGUCAGGGCUUGGAGAUGCAAUGAUGCAAGCAACGCAGAACAUCAAUAGGGUGUUGGAGAAUCUAAAUCUGUCGCCUUGGUCGCUUUCUGGACGAGUUAAAGAGCAAGAUGAAUGCUACAAGCUCCGAUAUGAGGUCCCGGGGCUUGCCAAAGAGGACGUGAAGAUCACUGUUGCUGACGGGGUUUUGACGAUAAAGGGUGAACACAAGGACGAGAAGGAAGAAGAGUCGGACGAUGAGUUUUGGUCGUCAAGGAGUUAUGGAUACUAUAAUACUAGCCUCCUUUUGCCUGAGGAUGCCAAACCCGGUGACAUUAAAGCAGAGCUUAAAGAUGGGGUGCUUACCAUAAUCGUUCCUAGAACUGAGAAGCCUAAACAAGAUGCUAUAGAAGUUAAAAUACAAUGAUUGAUGAUAUGACAAAUGCAUGAAUUUCUGUUAAUAUGAGGCUGUGUUUGUGUGUGCGCGCGCGCUGAGAAUUAAGUGUCCAACUCUAUGUAAUUGCCGAUGAGAAAAGAAUAAAAUUCUAGUGACUUUAAAUUCCUUUCUUGA